AUGAAGUUUCAAACCAACAGUUACAUCAACAGCAGUAACAAUAAAAGCCUUGAUUCAAAGAAUAAUGAAAAGUUGGAUUUUUUGUACGGAUACUCUGUGGUUUUACCAGCUCUUGAACAAAAACGUCGAAAUUUAGUUCGUUUGUUUUAUCAAGAAACAACUUUUUCUAAAAAGCAAGAUAGGCAGAUAGUUAACCUAUCAAAAGAAUCUUCUAUUCCGGUUGUAAAGGCUGAUAAGCAAGAAUUGAAUCGAUUGGUGGAUAAUCGUCCGCAUCAGGGUGUAGUUUUAAAAGCCUCACGCAUCAAUCCAACUCCUAUAAAAUUUCUUGGAGGCUAUUUCAAUGAAAGUUAUGAAAUCAUAGAGUCAAAUACUAAUUCUACAACAAUUUGUCAAAAAUCUUUAAAAAACCCAUUGCUGCCCUUUUGGCUGGCUCUAGAUCAAAUAGUUGAUCCACAGUGUGAAGGAUUUUCAAUCUUAUUAAUAUUUUUUAAUAAACAUGGAGUUGGCAUAGAAUUUAGGAGCCAUUUUAAGUUGUCCUCUGUACCAAGAAUAGCUAAAGCAAGUUCAGGCGCACUUGAAAUUAUGGAUUUAUUCGAGGUUGGGAGUUUAACAAAGUUUUUAGAGAAUUCAUCAAAAAAUGGGUGGAUUAUUUAUGGAGCUGAUGCAUUAGAAGGCCCCAAAAGGCACAAUGAUAAUUUUAUUUCCGUCAAUGAAUUAUUGUUAACACAAUCGAUAACUCAAAACCCGAUAAUUUUAGAAUUAGACAAAAUAUCAUAA